AUGUGCCACGACGAAAUAAAAGCCAACGGCUGGUCCAGCACGCCCGCCAAUGCCGGUGCCAUAUUUACGGACCAAUCCUUCAUCGAAAGGGCAGAAGCCGUGGAGCUCGAUACGAUCAAGUUCCCCUUUGACGACCCUGUAGUCUCGAAGACAUUGGAAUACGCUAAGGCUGUUCUUCACCCCGAGACUUUGAACCAUUCCAUGAGGGUUUACUAUUACGGAAUGGUAAUCACCACCCAACAAUUCCCCGAACAAGCAGCAUCCAUCAACCCAGUGACCUGGGCUCUGACCUGUCUCCUCCACGACCUCGGAACCGCGGAGGAGCACCUCACCGCAACGCGCAUGUCAUUCGAUAUCUACGGCGGCAUCAAAGCCCUCCAUGUGCUGAAGGAGUUUGGUGCCACUGCGGACCAGGCCGAAGCAGCAGCCGAGGCAAUCAUUCGACAUGAAGAUAUGGGAGUCGAUGGAACGAUUACCUACUUCGGUCAGCUUAUUCAGCUGGCUACGACGUAUGAUAAUACCGGGAUUCAUCCGCAUGUGAAGGGCUUUGAGGGGUUGGUCCAUCGCACGACUCGCAAGCAGAUAAAUGAGGCGUAUCCGCGGUUGAAGUGGUGUGCGUUUUUCUCCGGGUUGAUUAAGAAGGAGGAGACGAUUAAGCCUUGGUGUCAUUCGACUCAUUUGGUGGAUUUUGAUAAGGAGAUCGAGGAGAAUACGCUUAUGAGGGAGUGGGAGUAA